AUGACGCAUAAAAGGCCAAGAGGACACUUAGCAGGAGGUGGUCCAUGCAGUAAGGCAAGCCCCAACUUCUCUUCCUUCGGGAACCUCUCCAGUGCCACUGCCAUCACUGGCAACCCCAUGGUCCGCGCCCAUGGCAAGAAAGUGCUCACCUCCUUCGGGGAUGCCGUCAAGAACCUGGACAACAUUAAGGCGACCUUCGCCCAGCUGUCCGAGCUGCACUGCGACAAGCUGCACGUGGACCCCGAGAACUUCAGGCUCCUCGGUGACAUCCUGAUCAUCGUCCUGGCCGCCCACUUCACCAAGGAGUUCACUCCCGAAGCCCAGGCUGCCUGGCAAAAGCUGGUCCGUGCGGUGGCCCACGCUCUGGCCCGCAAAUACCACUAA